CAUUCCCCCAUAAUGCACUGCGGUCGGACGGCAGAUGGAAUGGCGCCUUUACAGGAGGAGGAGGAGCAGUAACAACCAUAACAGUUGAUUUCACGAUAGCUCGUUUUGUCCUGUUUUCAUCGUGCAUAUACACCAUUUCAUUAGUAUUAUUUGUGAGAUCGCAACACGUGCACGAUGGCUCCAUUCAGCUUGAUGUCAGUGGGGGCUAAUCUGCUGGUCAAGUCUCUCAGCCUGUUCUCGAGUGCAUCUGUUGUGAGGUGUUCAUGUGUAGCUCCAGUGAUAAAGAGUUUUAGCACCGCAACAAGAGGUCCACCCAAGAGACCACUGACAGCAUACAUGACAUAUGUAAAGGAUAUGCAGCCCACCGUCAGCAAACAAAAUCCCGGUCUCAAAAAUGUGGAUAUUAUCCGAAAGAUUGCCCAGCAGUGGAAAAUGCUUACCACAGAACAAAAGCAGCCAUUUCAGGUUGCAUCUCUGGAGGCCAAGGAGCAAUAUAAAUUUGCUUUGGAGAAAUUCAAAGCCCAGCUUACUCCUGCAGAGAGUGCGGCUUUUGUGGAGGAAAGACGACAAAAAGUGGCUAAAAGAAAAGCCAUUCGGAAAAAGAAGGAAUUGACUAAUCUUGGCAAGCCCAAACGCCCAAGGAGCUCCUUCAACAUCUUCAUGGCGGAGCAUUUUGUGGAGGCAAAGGGAACUACUACACAGGCAAAAAUGACGUCACUGAGAGAUGACUGGAAUCGCUUGAGCGACACACAAAAACAAAUGUACAUACAGCUGGCAGAGGACGAUAAAGUCCGUUACAAGAAUGAAAUCAAAUCGUGGGAGGAGCACAUGAUGGAGAUCGGAAGGGAAGAUCUUUUGCGGAGAAAGACGAAGAGCGCCCUCAAAGCCAAAGCCAAAGCCGUAGCCACUAAAAACAGGAAAAAGAAAUCCAAAGUGACAGUGAUUAAGGCAAAAGCGCCCGAAAAGAAGAAGAAGGAUGAUAGCGGAAAAGCUGUGUAUUUCUAGGACUCAACAGAGUGUGUAUAAAAACCAUAUCCGUCCUCAAUACAGUCUCCGCUUUUCCGUUAUUAGAGCUGCAUUUAUAUAGUGUUCAUGAAGGUUUGAAAACUGUGAAGAUGCCUUCAUCUUUUCAAUAAAUUCCUCUUUUUACUGGUUUUCCUGUA